AAACAUUAUCAAACACCCUUUGUUACUCGUUAGCAUUUCCCAUAUACAAAUACAACUAGCCAACUCUAAUUAACUGGAAUUUCAAAAAUGAUUUUUCCUAUCUUCCUCACCUUUUCUCUACUAAUUUCUCUCUCUUUCGCUAACACGGUUUCCAAUUAUUGUGUUGGAGAUCUAAGCCUACCAAGUGGACCGGCAGGGUACUCAUGUAAGGAUCCUGCAAAGGUCACGGUAGAUGAUUUUGUUUAUUCUGGUUUGAGGGUUGCAGCUAACACUACAAACCUUUUCAAAUUCGGUGGAAAUAAUGCAUUCACUGCUCAAUUCCCGGGUUUAAAUGGUAUGGGCCUUUCUAUAGUACGAGUAGAUAUGGAAGUAGGUGGAUAUUUCCCGAUCCACACUCAUCGUGUGCCGGAAUUAUUCACCUUAGUAGAAGGAACGAUAGUUGCUGGAUUUAUCGACUCAUUCAACACCCCAUUUUAUAAAACUCUAAAUAAGGGAGACAUCAUGAUCUUCCCACCAACAUUAAUCCAUUUCGCGAUAAAUGUAGGAUCAACCCCAGUUCUUGCGUAUGCAACCUUUUCAAGUGAGAAUCCUGGUGUUCAAUUAAUUGACACUGCUCUCUUCCGAAACAACAUGCCCUCGGAUUUGGUUCAGAAGAUCACUUUGCUUGACCCUGCACAAGUAACAAAGCUCAAGAAUCUCUUUGGUGGCACUAAUUAAAUUGUUAAUUAGAUAUAAAUCUCAUUCAUAUUUUAUAUCUGUAAUAAACUAAUAAUAAUCUCUUUCUAGCAAUGUUGGCUGUUAUUUUUCUAUAUGAUAAAUGCGUAAGAGCAUAUUAUAUAUAGCUGUAUUAUCAAAGAGUCCAUUUGAACAUUGUGUUGUCGACUUCGAUUGUUUCAAUAGAUAAAUUGGUGCCUUCUGAAACUCAAAGCUGCACUUGCACAUA